AACAAAAGACGAUUCCCAUUUAUCAAUAAGAAUCUUCAGAAUGAAAACUUUGACUCGUCUGAUCUCAUUUGGUAAUGGGUCAUUACUCAAAGGUUUUCCUAGAACAGGUGAAUAAGUAAAGGAACAUUUCGCUAUUUUCUUGUUCAGAGAUCAUCCAACUACAACCGUUUGAAUUUUAUUAGAAUAAAAUGUAUAUGAAUUUGAUUUGGAAGGAAAAUAUUUCGAUAUAUAAACUCCAGGUUCAAAUAGAAUAUAAAAAUCUUAAGAGAAAAUAAUGCAACAUUUCGUUAUGGAUGUUCGAAAUGGAUGGGUAUGGGUGUGGGUGUAUGUACGGUACUGAACAGGUCUUACAUCCACACUCCACGUCUAUACCUGCGAGUGUUUGAAAAUUUUCAUCGAAUACGCAUGGCUUUUUUUCUUCUGCAUUUGAUUUGCAAGAAGUUAUGGCAUUUUUUUCCAACUUUGCACAUUUAGUUCUUAUAAUGGAAGAAUCGAAACACGAGUCAUCAUAUUUACCUUUUUAUUAGUAAUGACGAAAUAUACCGAACAACGUUGUUUCUUUGUGAGUAUGUUUGCGCAAGGCAGGUAUAGAUUUGUCCGAAAGAAAAACAAGAGUUGCAAACGAAAUUCACAAAAAAAUAAUAUCAAAAAAAGUUGUUAUAAUAAAUCUUGAAGAAAAAGUCUGAUAAUUCGAAAUAUCGAAAAGGUUUACCAUGAUGUUGUCAAUCAACCUGAUAUAGAAUGUAUGAUUUCAUUCGAUAGAAAGGCAUAUGAAUUAGUGAUAUUUAUAUAUUAAAGAAAUAGAAAGUUUCAAAAUUUUCAAAUAUUUACUCUCAAAGAUUUCUGUUACAUUAGAAAUUUCUAUCAUUUCCAUAGAUAGUCAAAUUGCUGAAAGUUCCAACGUUUCGAAAAAUUUGCUUUUUUGUUUGCAUUGUUAAUCAAGUUUUGAAGUUAUGAAGACUUUUAACAUUUGAGUAAUUUUAUUUAUUGGAAAUUCCCACAUAGUUCCAUCAAGAGCUGACGCUAAUUUGUGCGCAGACCUUAUCAUAAAUUUUAGUAUCGUUUCUCCUUCGGUCGAUAUCAAUCAUUAUGUUGAAAAUUGAAAAUGUAAUUAAUUACGAACCGAAAUAUUGUUUUUUUGCUUCAUGCUUUGAUCUGUAUUAUCAAAUGAGCCACCGAUAUUUAUCGGAUCUCCUAGUAUGCCCAAAUAGGCACAAGCGAAUUUCUCAUUUGUGUUCACGGAGCGCAACACACAAUAAUUGAGUUCAUCUGAUUUAUCGUUUCGGCAGGUAACGAUUAAAAAAGAACGUCAAAAAACUGUUGUCUAUUCAGGUAAGAGAACAUUUUUACGCGUGCAACUGUGUGCUUUCGCUGAAAAACAUUAUUAUUAUUUAUAAAAGUAGAUUCUCGGCGUCAUCCACUUCAGACUUAUUUGCUUUUCAAAAAGCAAAUUUGUUUUUUGAAAACAUACAAACUAUACAUUUUAACGAGGAAAAACGUAUUUCUCUUUAUUGAUUUUGCAUGACUCAAUUGUAUUUUAUCUUCUUGUUGAUUUAUUUGUAGUGUCGGUGCUGCUACUCAUGACGUCAAGAGAAAUUUUUUAUUACUUGGAUAUUUCUCUAGUUUUUGUUUUCGACAGCUCAUAUAUAUAUAUAUGCAUGUAAAAUAUGUUAGUUUUAUGUUUAAUUUCAAUCAGAAUUACAAUGGCUCUAUUAAAGGAACAGAAGAUUGAUAUUUUCGAAGUAAAAUUUGAUUGCAAAUUCUAAAAUUCAUUUCUAUUUUAUUGAUUUAUAGUCAUUUACCAAUCGGCAUGAUCGACAAAAUGUAAUCAUUUUUUUAGAAUUCUACGAAUGGAAUAUAGAUGUACGUGAGUUCUAAAUUUGAAUGAAGAAAUCGAAUCGAAUUCAAACACUAAAUAACUUUUGUUUUCAUUAGGUUGCUAUCGAAGCAUUUUUCAUGAAUCCUGGUAAAUCUUUUUCUUUAUUUUUCUUAAAUAAUUUUUUUUCUUUAUGAUCAAUUCAGAAGAAAUCAGUAAUGUUCAGUCAAAUACGCCGACUUUACUUCGAACUAAUUCAAGAGAGGUAGGAUUCCGAGAUGAAUUACCGGAUUAACAUCCGACAGACAAAAAAACAACUUUCUGAAAAUUAUUUUUCUCUUACAGACUCAUUCAUUGAUGAACUCAUUGCAACAUUCAUUUAGUUCACUACGUUCUUUACAAGCAGCAAGCAAUUUGAAUCAGAGUACAACUACAUUGAAUAGCCUAUCACUUGAAUCAAAUGCAGAAACAAUAUCUUCAAUGUUUCUAGAUAUGAAACAAUUCGUUCCUAGUUAGUUUUAGAUUUUUUAGUUUAAUAUUCAUCAGAGAUGGAAAAAAUUCAGCUUUGUUUAAAACCUUAUCUGUAUUAGUCACUUAUCAAGCAAAAAAAUGAUGAGCAUAAAAAAAAAUAAUAUCGCAUGUAAAUAAGAUUUUGACAAAAUUUAUUCAUUUUUAAUUCGAUCAAAGUGUAGCACUUUUUUAAUCGAAGUCAGUCUGAUUUUAAAAAUUUAAAAUUGUAGAUGCUCACAUCCGACAUGAAUUGGUCUGUAGUUUAAAAUAAUCCGAUAAAACAAAAAGUGACUGACUUGUCGAAGUCAUCUCACCUAUGUAGUUUUAUAAAAUGGACUAUCAGUGAUAAAAUUAUUUAAAAAAAAUAUACAUAAUCUUUUUUAUAAAUAUUAUUUAGACAAAAAACAACUUCUUCAAUAUAUUGAUUCAAAUAUCAUUGGUAAUAAUAUUCGAAUCAAUACUCCAUGGGGAUCUCGAAAAAUGAUUUAUGCUGAUUAUACAGCAUCUGGACGUGCUCUAAUAUUUAUCGAACAGUACAUGCUGUCCAUCGUCUUACCUUAUUAUGCUAAUACACAUAGUGAAAAUAAUGCAUGUGCAUUACAAACUACCAAAUUUCGAGAAGGAGCACGAACAUUAAUUAAACAAUAUGUCAAUACAACAGAUAAUGAUGUUGUUAUUUUUACUGGAUCAGGUAAAUAA